AUGCAUCACGGUUUGCCCAUCAAGCAAUUCCUUAUGUUAUGGAUAAUUGUGCUUUCCUCAGCUUUGACAAUAUCAGCCCUCUUUCCAUUCAUUUAUUUUAUGGUAAGGGAUUUUCACAUUGCAAAAAGAGAAGAGGACAUUGGUUUCUAUGCUGGUUUUAUAGGGGCCUCCUAUAUGCUUGGAAGAGCUUUGACAUCUAUUAUGUGGGGAAUCAUUGCCGACAGAUAUGGUCGAAAACCUGUGAUAAUUAUAGGCACUGCCUCAGUAGUCGUUUUCAACACUCUCUUUGGGCUUAGUACAAACUUUUGGAUGGCCAUUUCCAUGAGGUUUCUUCUUGGGACUUUGCAUGGUUUACUAGGACCAAUAAAGGCAUAUGCAUGUGAAGUAGUUAACGAAGAAUACCAAGCUCUUGGACUAUCAGCGGUUAGUACAGCAUGGGGAACGGGAUUAAUCGUUGGGCCAGCUUUAGGUGGAUUCCUCGCUCAGCCUGCAGAGAAAUUUCCUGCUAUAUUUUCGUCGGGUUCUAUAUUUGGAAGAUUCCCAUACUUCUUACCAUGCUUGACUAUAUCACUCUUUGCAUUGAUUGUGGCUAUUGCCUGUGUUUGGAUCCCGGAAACUUUGCACACACACAACUCGGAGAGGAUAAAAUCUCAAGUUUCAUUCGAUGCUCCGGAGUGUGCAUCUCUAGGGUCUAGUGAUAGAGCGGACAUGAAGGAAGGAAGUGUAACAACUUCUAAAGAAAGCCUCAUCAAGAACUGGCCCCUGAUGUCAUCUAUCAUAGUAUACUGUGUUUUCUCUCUUCAUGAUAUGGCUUACACUGAGAUAUUCUCAUUGUGGGCAGAGAGUCCCAAAAGGCUUGGAGGGUUAAGUUAUUCUACUCAGGAUGUUGGUGUAGUUCUUGCAAUCUCAGGUUUAGGCCUUUUAGUCUUCCAAUCUUCCUUAUAUCCACUUGUUGAGAAGAUUAUUGGACCUAUCUUGGUUUCACGAAUUGCUGGAAUUCUGUCAAUACCAUUAUUAACAAGUUACCACUAUAUAGCCAUGCUAUCUGGUAUUACCCUGUCAAUAGCAUUAAAUAUUGCAUCUCUGCUGAAGAACAUCCUAUCUAUCUCCAUUGUAACGGGGUUGUUCAUAUUGCAAAAUAGAGCUGUGGAACAACACCAAAGAGGAGCUGCCAAUGGUAUAGCCACAAUGUUGAUGUCACUUGGCAAAGCUGCAGGUCCAGCAGGAGGAGGAAUACUGUUUUCCUGGUCAGAGAAGCGUCAGGAUGCUGACUUCCUUCCAGGUGACCAAAUGGUGUUCUUUAUCUUGAACAUAAUCGAGCUAGUCGGAGUGUUGAUGACAUUCCAACCGUUUUUAGUUCAACGGAGACAAUGA